AUGAAAAAGAUCAACUCUACAGAUUUAUUCGAAAAAAUAGGUAUUUUAUACUUAAGUGUUAUCGCUAAAAAUAAUACAAGCCAGAUUACAAGGGUUUUAGCUUUGAUAAGGGAAAGUAUUAAUGUAAAAGAAAUAGAGGAUACCUUAGAUGCUUUUCUAAACUUUUUAAAUGAAGAGCCUAGUACUACUCUUAUUUGUUCUACUGUAGGUACUGGGAAAACUAAAAUAUUAAGAAAAAUUUUGGCAUUUUUAGCUCAAAGUGAUGCUAAUUUACCUU